AUGCUCAAGAAGAUCCUCUUGAGGAUACUGAACAGGGUGCUCGGCAGCUAUGUUGAGAACAUAGAUAGGCAUCAGAUAGAGCUUGGGAUAUUCAAAGGGCAUGUCUCAGUCACGAAUCUUAGGAUCAAGCCGUGUGUGAUAUCGACAAUCUUCAAGGGAAGGGUGAUAUGCAAUAGCAUUGGGAUGCUCCAUGUCAAGGUUCCGUGGAAGAGCUUUAACAAGCAUCCUGUUGAGAUUCACAUCCGCGAUGUUGAAAUCAAGCUUGGAAAGGCGGGCUUUUGCUGGUGCUUUGCAGAUGGAGGGCUGUGCCGUGAGUGCAGUGCACACGAGGCAUACGAAGCCAUGAGUAGGCUUGAUCGAUUGAAUCUCUUUUCUGACGAUGGCGGCAAUUCUGUGUUGUUUACAGACCUGAUCGCUGGAAAUGGAUUUCGUGUCUUGGUGGAAAACAUAAGCAUUGAGUAUGUCAGCGGCGUGCCUAUGGGCAUUAGGAUCAGGCAGGUUUCGUUCAAUAAAAGGCAAAUUAGCAGUUCAGACUGCAGAGGUAGCAAUCCAAAGAUGUUUGAUGUGUUUGGAGUCGAGACGACUGGGCUGAUGGCCGUCAUACCAUCUUUUGAUGUGCUUUCUACAAUAAGUAUGGCUAAUGAGCGAGUUUGCAUUGAUACACGCAUUGGCGAGCUGAGAAUCAAGAUAAGGCAGGCAGUUGCUGAAGAGAUCAUGGCGAGAGUGAGGGACUAUGAAGAGGACGGUGUUAGAUGGAAGCUUUUCAGAAUGCAUGGCGAGUACAAAAUGUUGCUCAGGAUGCUGAGGGAUGCGAACGGGCUUGAUGGAAUCAACGAUGCUGUUGUUGUUGAUAAGCCAGCCAUCGUUAGAAUGCUCAAAUGUCUUGUUAGAUUACAAGUCAGAAUAAUUGAGUCGAAAGGCGUAUUGCUUGAUGACAUACCUGAUCUAGUGGUUAGAAUCAAGGAGUAUGCAAGCCUUCUGGGUGGGCACAGCUUAACACAAAAAGAAGUAGAUAAGAAGAAUGCAUAUGAAAGAGAGAUGUGCCUUGAGCGACUGCUGAGGAUUAGAAGGAUACGAUCGAGUCAGAUGAAGAGAAUGUCAUGGAAGAGUUUACUCUAUGAUCAGAGCAUAUGCAUAAAAGAGAAAAGCAUGGCAAAGAUGCAGUUAAGUGUUCUUCUGGAAAAGCUUGUAGUUGAGUUUAUUGAUGGGGAGGGGCAAGGUGCUCGCAUGAUCCUUUCUGGAGUAAGUGCCAGCUCUAGCGAUUUGUUAUCUGAAGCAAUUAUAAGAUUUAAGGUGAACGAGUCGAAGGGAUACUUUAUUGAUGCAUGCAUGAAUGAGCAUGAGCCUUACUGCGAACUUGUAUCGCAUUUUGCUGAAGUUAAGUGUGUCUUAACAUAUGAAGGAACAGACAUGUACCUUAAGGGAUACAUAGAUCGAUGGAUGCUGUACGGAUACCAGAAAGAGCUGGCACAUGUACUUGGUGUGCUUGUGAGGAGUGUGAGGAGUGCUUUGCGGCCAUCUUGUAUGCCUCAUGGGUUUCCAAGCAGAUUCCGUGUGAAUGCGAAGAUAAGGAUGCUUACUACUGAGUUUGACAUUCUGAAGCUGAUUGAUGCAGGGGAAGGCAAAAGGCACAGUGUUGUAUCUGAAAAUGUGAGUGUGUCGUAUCUGGACGACUCUAUAGGCCGAAGAAGAGUUGGAUCGUUGUGUAUAUCGUCUGUGGUUGUGAGUGUGGCAGACAGGAUUACUGAGGCAAGAAUACCGCUUUCUAACAGCAUAGAGGUAAGCAUAUUGUUUGUAGACGGAGUGUUUUAUGCAAAAACAUCGAUGAUGGAUUUAUACAUGCAUGAGGUGUCUGCUGGGAAGGCUCGGGAUGGAAUGAUGUUUCCUUCGGGAUUCACUGUUCCAAACUUCGAGGUGUGCUCUGACACGAUAAAGAUCAAUGUGAGCGAAGGUGUUAUUGAAGUGGAGAAGGUAAGGAUUGGAGGAAACGGAGGAAGUUUGAUGUUCUGCAAUGUGUAUGGAUGUAGGCUGGUUGAUGGAGAAGGACAAGAGGUGUUUUGUGUGCCCAAGAUGAAGAUGAAUGUGCGCUUGCACGAGUCUGUUUUUGUGGAUGUUGGAUAUCUGAGCGUUCGUGGUGGAUAUAGAAGAAUGCUGAGGAGAAUGAAUGUGAUGGUGAAUAGAAGAGGAAGCUUGCAAGGACUGAGAGUUGUUGUUAGUAUUGAGAGGCUGAGGAUUCGACUGCGCGGAAGGGAAAUGCAGAUGAAAGUGGAUGCUGAUGGAUGCAGUGAUGGGCAUGUUAAGAAAGCGAUAGUGCGGAUGAAUAGCAGUAUGCUAUGCGUGAAUGGGCUGGUGUAUGGAGAGUUAUGGAGAAGUGAUGAGGUGAAUUUAGCGUUUAAGAAAGAGGACUUAUGCAAAUUGAUGGAAGUUUACAGGUUUGCCUGGGGAGUGUUUGGAGUAGGAUACAUGAAGGAGUAUAGUAUGAUUGGCAAGGAAGUGUGUCUAAGCAAUGUGCAGGUGAAUAUUGAAUACUUGGUGAUGAGAGUGCCUGAGCUGAAUUGCUGGGCUGGGGAGUAUGGAAUGCAUGUGAUGCCAGCGAGUGUGGUGAUUUGUGAAGAUACUGGAUCUGAGUGUUGUGGCCAAAGUGUUGCUUUUGAGCUUGUUGAUGGAUUGGCAUUGGGAAAGCUGGGCAGUAUCAAUGUGAAGAUACAUGGAGAGAUAAGCGAUAGAGUUGUAAAUGUUCUUGCGAGUAUAUAUGGAUGCAUGAUGAAGAUGCUAAAUGAGGAGGAAAUUAAAGGGAAGGAUAUGAGGAGCUGUGGCUGUAUGAUUGACUUAAAUGUGAAAGUGAUGCUGGAUGUAUGUGUUUGGAUAGCAUCUAAUGAAGAUAGAUUGAAUGUUGAGGGAGUGGUGAUGGCUAUAGUGAAUGCCGGCCGAUGGAAAGUAGAAGUAAGUGUGUUGGAAGUAGCAACAGAGGAUAUGCAUUUGGCUAGAUUGAGUGAAGUAAGCGUUGCUAAUGAGGAAGACAGAAUGCUGAUGCGUUGCAGGAGGAUAGAGGUUGGGAUUGAGAUGCAUAGGAUUGCGAGUGUAGUUUAUGCAUUUGCAGAUGCAUGCAUGCAUAGUGGGGGUUUUGAUGGUAGGCCGAGCUUUUUGGAGGCUAUCGAUGUAAAUAUUGAAGAGGCGAUACUCUGCUAUGGAAACGACAUGCAGGUGAUAAGAUUAAGGGAGGUUAGAUAUGAUGGAGAAUGCAAGAUGUAUUGUAAAACUGCGUUUGGAACAGAAAGCAUAGUGGAGUACAGGAAACGAAGGGGAAGGAAGAAGGGGCUUGUGCUGAGUGUACAAGGAGGAUGUUGUGAUGUGAGCAUGGCUAUUGAUACGAUGUGCAUGUAUUUUUGUGAUUGCCUGAAAGUUUGUGAAGUUUUGAAAAUUGAGACGCAUGGAGAAGCAAUUGGAAUGAUUAUGAUGGGAAUGGAAGGCAUGGCGUGUGGAGGAAUGAUGAAGGUUUGUGUGCCUAUUGGAUAUAUUGCGAUUGAUGGAGAGGCGAGGCUGAAAGGCAGGAUUGUAUGUGGAGUUGAGAUGUAUGAAUAUGACGGCCGAAGGUUUGUACCUGUUGUUGAAGAAAAUGUAUAUGCUAUUAGUGGUGGAUGCAGUGGAGUGAGUGUCAGCCCACUGAAUAGAUUGAGAGUCUUGGGAAGCAGAGAUGUUUUUGAGAGUGUUUGUGGUGUGUUUCGAGGAUCUACCAAAAGUAAUAUGGGGUAUAGAAAGGUUCGAGUAAGGAAUGCAACGGAAGUGUUGUUGAUGGUAAGGACAAUGAGAGGUGAUUUGAAAGUAGAAGCAGGCGAAGCCUGUGAUGCUGAGGUUUGGAAUUGCGAGCAAGGUAUAAAAAUAACGAAUGAAGAUGGAAGCAGUGGAGGAUGUGUAGAUGUGUGCAUUGGACAAACAAGCAUUGAUGUUGAUGGGAAGAAGUGUAUUUUGAGUGUUGAGCAGAAGAAUGGUGUGUUUGCAGUGACGAUUGUUCAUUCACUGGUGCUUAUUAAUCUUUGUGAGUUGGUGGUUUGCAUGAGGAUAAGGUACUCAAAUGAGAAUGUGGCUGAGAUUGAGAUGCAAGGAGGAGAGAUGCAUACUGUGCCUUUAUGCGGAGAUUUUAUGCUAGAGAUGGGAUUUGAGAGGAGAUACUCUAUGGUUGGAAGGAUGAAUGUGGGGAGUGUGGAACAAGGGAUUGGAUGGAGAUGUAUGAUGGAUGGGGAGAUUACUGUUGGGGUUGAUGUUGUUUCAAGGAAUGAGCGUAUACCUGGCAUGAUUGUGAUGAUUGUGUAUCCUAUCUUUGAGAUAAUGAACAGAACUGGGCUUGCAUUAGAUCUUAUGUUAUGGACAAAUGAGAAGCUUGCUGUAGACGAAUCUAAGAAUGGAUUGAUCCGGAAGAAUGUUUUGUUUAGUAUAAGUGAUGGAGAAUGUAAAGAUGUGUAUGGAAUUGAUGCAAGCGAGUAUUUGUUGCUUAGUGUUCUUGAUGCUGAGAGUGGAGAGAGUUCAAAGGUGUUUAGUGAAGAGGAGGCGAUUGGAGUGUGGAGGAGGCGAUUGUUGAUAACGAAGGAAAGCUGUGGGAUUGAUGAGUUUUUUGGAAGGCAUGACCUUAUGUUCAAGGCCAGGAUUGCCAUAUGCUCGCGCAUGAUGGUGAUGAAUGGUUUGGACAGCGAUGUAAUGAUUAAUGGAUGUGUGUAUCAGAAGGGAAUAGCGUGUUCUGAAGUGAUACCGGUGAUCCGUGAUAUGGAAGUUGAUGGGUAUAGACUUGGCGCGCCUAUUGAUACAGGCAAGAUGUGCAUUACGGAGACUGUGCUGAUGAAGAACGCUGCAUGUGCCGAGGAUGGGGUAGCUUGUAACGAUGCAAAGCAGGUGGAUAUGAAUGCAGAUAAACUGAUGGAGAAAGCAGGUGUGGAUGCAAGAGGAUAUAAGAGUAGCAGCUUGAUGAAUGCAGAAGGGACGGUGCAAGGCGUGGAAUGCAGAGUUGGCAUGCAGCUGAGCCGAAUGAAUGUUCUUGUUGAAGUCAAGCAGAUGCAGGAUGCAAAAGCAAUUGUGAUAAGGCAUGCAUGUGUGUUUGUCAAUAGCACAAGGUUCAGACUGUUGAUAGUGUCUGAGCACGAAUAUUUGAGUGUGGAGGCAAACAGCACAAGCCCUAUGAAGAUGAUAUCAAGCGGGGUGUUUCUGUUUGCAGCAGGAAAUGGAUGUAGAGUGCGCAUGAGUGGAGAUAAUGUGUAUGUUCCAGCAGAUAUUGCGGCAAAGAAGCACUUCAGCCUGAAGAUUCCGGAUUGUGUGCUAUUCAGUGUCAGUAGGAUGAUGGACAACAAGCAACAGGUGUUUAUUGUAAUGGAGGAAAAUGAAUGGCCAUAUGCAAUAUGCAACAAUACGCGGUUUGAAGCGAAGUUUGUUCAGGACCGUGGGAUUGCCGAUUGUGUUGUCAAUAGCAUGUCUAUUUACUGGUAUGCAUUGGAAAGCAUGGUACUUGAGCCGGUUAUUGCUUUUGAAAUAUGUGGAAUACAGACACAGGUUCACUUGAAUAGAAAUGAGACCUUGAUGGUUGCUGGAAUAAUGAUAUGUGUUUUUGAGACAAUCAGAUGUAGGGUUGUGGUUGUGUCGGAAGAUAUGGAUGAUUUAAUGAGCAAUUGUGUAAGCAUGGUGCUUGAUAUUGGCGAGGCGGGUGUUUCAUUUAUGGAUGCGGAGGGUGCAGAGGCAUUGUGCAUCAACUUGGCGAAUACAAGGGCAUUGGUGAAGCGUAGAUGUGGGGUUAUGCAGCUGCUUGGAGAGGCGUUUGCAUACGAGAAUUCUGAAGUUGAUUUGCAGAUUGGCAGUGUGCAGAUUGAUAACCAGGCGUUGCUCUGUGUUUUUCCGGUGGUUGUUUAUCCUCUUGAGAAAUCGAAGCGCAUAGGACGAAUGAGAGGAGAGGAGGGAAGCUUUAUGUCGCUAAGAUUUGAAAUAGAUAGAUCUGUGCAUUGCAUUGCGGUGUCUGAUAUGUACUGCAAUAUCGGUGGGUUUGCAUUGAAUGUUGAAGAAACACUUGCAAAGAAAAUCGCGAGAAUAUUUGAUGUGUGUGCACUGCAUGGAGAUGGAGAAAACGCAAAUAAGCAAGCAUGGAUCCGAAUUUCUAGGAUGAGAAUCGAGCAGAUGCGGAUGAAGAUAAAUUUCCUAAAAGAUGUGGAAUCGGGAUUUGUGUCAAGUGUGAUGGGGUUUUUGAUAAACAACGUCAGCGAUUUUUCUGCUGAGAUCGAUGGAAUGUGGGAAGAGGGAGUGCAUACAUCCACUGAUAGACUCAUCAGCAUGGUUGGUGAUUUUUAUCUUGCACAGUUCAAGAGCAAUUUCUACAGAGUGUUUGCGCAUCUUGAUUUUAUUGGAAACAUUGGAAGUCUUACUGAAUCUGUGUCAAUAGGCAUGAAAGGAUUGCUCGCUGAGUCUAUGUCUGGCGACACUAGCGCCACACGCGGAAUUGUGAGGGGAGGAAAAAGCCUACUGAAAAACACAGCUUUUGGAGUUUCUAAUACAGUUGGAAGGUUCUCAAGAAGUGUAAGUGCAGGCGUUGCACUUGUGGCGUUUGAUGCUGAAAAAAGAAAGAAUGCUUGGAGUCCUUACAUUCAUGAUGCUUAUCUUAUAGUACCGAUGAGCAAAAGCCGUAAAGGUGUGGUUGCAGCAAUAUGCAAAGAAACAGGAGGGUUGGUUCGAGCAAUAACACACGGAGUGGCAGGAAUAGCAACCACACCGAUCCGAGGAGCAUCGCGUGGUGUUUCUGGAAUGAUAAAAGGGCUGGGUAAGGGUGUUGUUGGAGCGUUUGCAAAGCCAAUUGCUGGUGUUGCAGAUCUUAUAGCGAAUGUUUCAGAGAGCAUAAAAACGUGCGUUGAUGGAAAGGUGUUUAGAAUCCAGUAUCCAAGGCCCUACAUCGAUGAGUAUGGAUAUGAUGAAGGCCUGUGCCAAGGAUUUUACAUAUUCUCGGUGAUGAUCAAAAGAGCAUCUGAUGAAAGAUUUGCUGAUGCUUCGUUUGGCACGCUUAAUGUGAAGUGCCAGUUGAUACUAACAACAAGAAGAAUGCUGUUAUUAAGCAAGCACGACGUGCUGAAUGUGUGCAUAUCAAGUGUAGAUGUUGAUGAAAAAAUUCAUCAGGUUAUAAUUGGUGUGCUUAGGGUUAAUGUAGAAAGAAUGGCUUUCAUCAAUUCUGUAAAACAGAUAAAAGCAAGUACCGGCUCGAUAAUGGGUGGAUAA